GGGGCGGGGCGGGCGGCUUCUCUUGUUGCCGGAAGCGAACCCGCAUCCGUGACGCCCGGAAGUGGAGUGGCUACUGCUGUGCGGCUCAGGCGGCUUCCGUGGCAGCUAAGUACGCUGGCUCCCAGAGUCCUACUGGGAUGGCGAAUGCAGCUCCCCCUGAUGCUCCAGUCCCCACCCUGGCUGUGCCUUUGGAGCAGCUCCGGCACCUAGCAGAGGAGCUUCGGUUGCUCCUUCCUGGAGUGCGGGUCGGCGAAGCCCGGGAGACUACCAAGGAGUUUAAUCGGGAGACCUUUUGGAGAAGAUUCAAUGAGGCAGCUGUGACAGUGUCCACGGAAGCCACUACUCUGACCGUAGUCUUUUCCCGACUUCCACUGCCAUCUCCUCAGGAAACCCAGAGAUUCUGUGAACAAGUCCAUGCUGCCAUCAAGGCAAUUAUUGCAGCAUACUAUUCGCUUCCCAAGGAUCAGGGAACCACCUUGAGAAAGCUGGUAAGGAGUGCCACUCUUGACAUUGUGGAUGGCAUGGCUCAGCUUGUGGAAAUGCUCUACGUCACUCCAACGCAGAGCCCUGAGAACCUCAUUUCCUACAACAGUGUCUGGGAUGCGUGCCAGAAAGUGCCUAAAAUCCCAAGAGAUAACAAAGCUGCAGCCCUUUCAGUAUUGACCAAGAGUGUGAAUCUUGUAAAGGAUGCACAUGAGGAAAUGGAGCAGGCCGUGGAAGAAUGUGAUCCUUACUGUGGCCUUUUGAAUGACAUUGAGGAGGACAACUCUGACAACCAUGGAGAUGAGGAGGGUAUAUUGGGAUGUCCAAACAAUCAGGACUCAUAUUGGUCCGAGGAGGAUCAGGAGCUCAUAAUCCCAUGCCUUGCGCUGGUGAGAGCAUCCAAAGCCUGCCUGAAGAAAAUCCGGCUCUCAGUGGCAGAGAAUGGGAAGAAGGAUCAGGUGGCCCAGCUGGAUGACAUUGUGGACAUUUCUGAUGAGAUCAGCCCUAGUGUGGAUGAUUUGGCUCUGAGCAUAUACCCACCUGUGUGCCACCUGACUGUGCGACUCAAUGCUGCAAAACUUGUAUCUGUUUUAGAGAAAGCACUGGAAAUUACAAAAGCAAGUCAUGUGACCCCACAGCCAGAAGAUAGCUGGAUCCCUUUACUUAUUAAUGCUGUUGAUCAUUGCAUGAACAGAAUCAAGGAGCUCACUAAUGAAGUUGAAUUAUGAGUUUUCAGGCUCAUUCGUACUCUUCUCUGUCCCUUUCCUACUAUCUCAGCCAAGCUCUGAUGUCUGCUUUUAGAGUGGGGCUAGGAUGCUUUCUAGAACAAAACGGAGUUCCUGUCUAUACUUAUUAAUUAAGAGACACUAUUACCAAAGAUUAUUGAUUAGGUCAUACUAGUAAUUAUUUAUAAACCAUUUAAGUAUGAUAUAUUUUUCUGUGCUAGAUACAAAAGAUAAUUGUAUGAGUGUUUGUUCUUGAGUUGCCUCUCAGAGAUUCCUGGGGAAGCUGCCCUUUUUGCAGUAAAGUGUGUCAUUUCUUUGUUAAAGAUGUUGAUAGUGUCAGUAAAAUGCUUGGUGCCAGUAAAAUGCUUGAUUAACUGAGGUACCCUUCCAAAGUGUCUUUCUACCAGAAAUAUGUGGGUUGAGACUAGAAUAUUGCUUUUGUUUAGGUUUUUAGGUCUAAAGAUCUGAUUCUGAUCAGAAACAUAUUUAGAACAAAAACACUUUAUUUAGAGCAGAUGCCUCCAAAGGCCUUGUUAGUACUUCAGCAUGUUUUAUAGUUAUUCUCACCAGCAACUUCUCCUGAAUAUUAUUCCAGGUUAGGUUACUCAGUGGCUCUGAAAUUAUUUUUUGGUAUUGAGCUUGUGAAAAUUAAUAGGGGGAAAUCUUGUGUAAAAUAGAGUUGAAAAAAAAAUUUUUUUUUAACUAAAAAAAUUAAUUAAAAAAAAUUAAAAAAAAAAUGGAGUCGAGAGGCCAGAAGGGGGAGCACUCAUGCACUGCCACUCUAAGUAACAGGAAAGACUGAAUUCCUGAUAGAAGUGAUGUGAGUUGCAUCUCCUGCCAGAAAUUGACUACCCCAGCUACUAAGGCAGUGGGAACCCCUCAUCACCCAGAACUCUCGCUUUCCUCCGUUUGAGCAGUUGUUCAAAACAGCUGCUCCCAACUUCCUCCUUUGUGGUGGCUUUUACUAUAACCUUCUUGACCCUAAUUGCAGUUCUUUGCUGUUCCAGAACAAACCCAUUUUGCUGAUAAAAUAACUGCCUCUUCUGUUUUUUAUGUUAACAAGCUCAGUUAUUAAGAUUUGUCCACCUUAUUGAACAGCCUUGUUUUCCUUAUGCAUACUUAAAUUGUUAUUGUCUGUUUUGUAUUAUGUGUCUCCAAAUGUAAGCACAAUUUUUUUUUUUUUUUAACAGCUGCACUUGCAGCACAUGGAAGUUCCUGGGCUAGGGGUCAAAUAUGAGCUACAGGCUGGGCCCUACACCACAGCCAUGGCAACUCCAGAUCCUUAACCCACUGAGCCAGGCCAGGGAUCAAACCCUUAUCCUCACAGAGACAGUGGUGGGUCCUUAACCGACUGAGCCACAGCAGGAACUCCCAAGUACAAAGUUUUUAUAAGUCAAAAAUUUUAAAUGUCUGAGAGUUUAUAUAACUUUAAGGGCCUCUUUGGUUAAUCCUUUUGCAAAAUCAUUAACAGACAAUAAUAUUUUUGCAUCAGUAUGGAAGAUCACAUCUUGGAAAAUAAGGUAUACAAUACUGCAUAUUUUAGUGACCUGCCUUAGACCUUAUGCAUGUAUUACUGGUUUCCAUACUUCUAAUGCUGGUCCUUUGUCUUGUAUAGGUGUACUUCAUCACAUCCGCCCUUCUGACAUCCCCUUGGUCUCUUGAGAUAUAGUCAGUAACAGCAGCUGUUUUUUUUUUUUUUGUCUUUUUAGGGCUGCACCCAUGGCAUAUGGAGGUUCCCAGGCUAGAGGUCGAAUUGGAGCUGUAGCUGCUGGCCUAAACCACAGCCAUAGCAAUGCAGAAUCCAAGCUGAGUCUGUGACUUACAACACAGCUCAUGGCAACGCUUGGUCCUUAACCCGCUGAGUGAGGCCAGGAAUCAAACCUGUGUCCUCAUGGAUGCUAGUCAGAUUCAUUUCCGCUGAUUCAUUUCUCCCCAACCCCUUCUUUUUUUUCCUUAUAUUCAUUAGUUUGUUGUAUUUUUUAGAUUCUACAUGUAUGUGAUAUCAUACAGUAUUUAUCUUUUUCUGUCUGAUAUAUUUCACUUAGCAUAAUACCUUCCAAAUCCAGCAGCUUUUCUUUUGAGAGACUAGUGUGUACUUGGGGUUGAAAUUCCUUAAGUCCAAAGAGAUUUUGUGUGGGUUUUUUUUUUUGUUUUUUGUUUUUUUGUCUUUUGUCUUUUUAGGGCCACAACCCUCAGCAUUUGGAGGUUCCCAGGUUAGGGGUCUAAUUUGAGCUGUAGCUGCCGGCCUAUGCCACAGCCACAGCAACACCAGAUACUCAACCCACUGAUCAAGGCCAGGGAUCAAACCCGCAACCUCAUGGUUCCUAGUUGGAUUUGUUUCCACUGCGCCACUACGGGAACGCCCAAAAGUUUUUUUUUUUUUUUUUUUGUCUUUUUGCUAUUUCUUUGGGCCGCUCCUGCGGCAUAUGGAGGUUCCCAGGCUAGGGGUCUAAUCGGAGCUGUAGCCACCAGCCUAUGCCAGAGCCACAGCAACGCAGGAUCCGAGCCAUGUCUGCAACCUACACCACAGCUCACGGCAACGCCGGAUCCUUAACCCACUGAGCAAGGGCAGGGACUGAACCCGCAACCUCAUGGUUCCUAGUCGGAUUCGUUAACCACUGCGCCACGACGGGAACUCCCCAAAAGAGUUUUAAUUUACUUUUACAAAGUGCCAUUCUGUAUUUUUUUUUUUCAUUUUUAAAAUUUUUUUAUUGUGAGAAUUGCAAUGAUUUUUCAUUUUUUGUUUAUUGAUUUUGCUUUUUAUGGCCACACCCACGGCAGAUGGAGGUUCCCAGGCUAGGGGUUAAACUGGUGUUACAGCUGUCAGCCUACGCCACAGCCAUAGCAAUGUAGGAUCUGAGCCGGGUCUAUGACCUACACCACAGCUCAUGGCAACACCAGAUCCUUAACCCACUGAGCAAGGCCAGGAAUCAAACCCGCAGCCUCCUGGUUGUUAGUUGGAUUUGUUUCUGCAGCGCCAUGGUGGAAACUCCCCAUUCUGUACUUUUAACAAGUAUUAUAAAGAACUAAAACUGAGAGUACCAAAGCAACAAAAUGUUAACCAAAAAAAACCUAACUUUGUACAAAAGGAGUUCAGUUUUUUUUUCUUUUCUUAUAGGGCCUCUUUUCUAUAUACUUAAUAAUUGUGUAUUUCUCUACUGACCAAAUUCAUGUUAUUAUCAUCAGACUUAAUUGUGCUAUAUUUAAUAUUUGAUGAUAUUUAACUCUAAUAAGGACUUAUCUAUGGCGGAAUCUAGAAUAUCAUUCUGUGCUCAGGUCUUAUGUUGUAUAUUUUAUAACUUUGUUCAGUCAUCUUUGGCUCUUUAAGGAUAAUGGUCAGGAAUGGCACCUGUCAGUGUAAUCUUAAAAUGACUUUACUAGAAGAUGGAGUUCCCUUUGUGGCUUAGUGGUAACAAACCCAAGUAGUAUCCAUGAGGAUGCAGGUUCAAUCCUUGGCCUCACUCGUUGGUUAAGUAUUUGGCGUUGCUAUUAGUGGUCUAAGUUGGGCGCAAUUCAGAUCCUGUGUUGCUGUGGCUAUGGCAUAGGCCAGCAGCUGCAGCACCAAUUUGACCCCUAGCUUGGGAACUUCCAUAAGCCACACAUUCAGUCCUAAAAAACAAACAGCAAAGGAUUACCUAAAAGAUCCCGUUUUUAGGUAAUAGUGUCCCAUUUCAUCAGAAAUAUAAGAAUAAUUUAAA